UUGGGAAGAGGUGCUUCCGAGUGGCAUUCGCCGGACGUCGUUCAAGAGAGAGGAAAGCUGCUGGUUGAAAAUUUCGAAAGAUUGACGAUCGAAGAUGUCCCUUAAGUUUUCGAUAAGCAACUUUUACGAAACCUAUUCGGAGAACGAGACGCUCCAGAGGGGUGACGUGAUCAAGAAAAUCGACGAUUACGACGCGCGAGAUGUGAGGCAUGUAGACGCCCAGAAUCUUCUUCAAAACUCUGAAUCAAUAAGGCUCGUGGUCGAAAGGUCUGAGCCGUCGAACGCAUCUCGUACCAACAUUACCACGUCAUCUCCGAUUAUCCAGUUGAACACUGGCGGCAGGGCUGCGGUCACUAGUCUAGCCAAACAGCCGAAAGUACCGUCGGCAUUGCCCAAGAGCCCCGUACCACCGCCGUUAGUCGACGAGUACAGUCAGCCUACAUCGUCACCGGAAUGCCCUAGCUUGCCGCACGAGCAUCUCGACGAGGUUCGCGAAGAGAGAGCCUAUUUGUCGCAGCCGUAUCGCACAACUCCUCUGGUCUUGCCGGGUGCAAAGAUAAAAAAGGACGCGCCGCUUGGAGAAUGUUACUUACGCCAUCAUCCGAAUCCGAUGAUCAGAGCGGCACCGCAUCACUACGAGCCAGCUCAUCCUGAAGUCGCUAUGAAACAGAAGGUGGCAGAAACGGUACUUCAACGUGUCUUGGGACCGAAUGAAGUUCCAAAGGUUGUCCACAAGCAGUUUAACUCGCCGAUUGGACUCUACUCCGAGCAAAAUAUUGCCGACACUAUAAAGUGCCAAGCAUCGGCUAUACCCCCGAAGAAACCGAUGAAGUACGAUCCGAGUAAAAGCGAGGCUUACAAGGCUCUGCAAGAGGAAGCUCUCGGCGACACAGUGCAGGAAGUAAGACCGGCGCGUACCGGUGUUUUCUCUCCGCAGAAGAUUACUCAAAAUAGGGUAUAUCGACCAAAGAGUCCAGUUGGACCAUACGUAAAUACUCAUGACGACGAUGGCGAAAAAAUCCAUCAAAGUAACAGCUUCAAGAGGAUCAUGUAUAGUGUUUUGGGACAAACCGAUUAUUAAUUUGCGAACUGACGUUAUAAAUAUACCUAAAAUAUAAAAUAUAAAAAUAUAUAUAUAUGUUUAAUUUAUUAUUUAUCGCAACAAAUAUUACUGUAAAAAUAACGAAGAAUUAAACAUGAUGAAAGAAUUGUUAAAAUAACAAGAAACUGUCGUUCAAAGAUAAAUUAAACAUGUAACCCGAGUAGAAGUUUCUACAUGGUGCUGCAAAUUUUAUAUGCGAACGAACUACAGUCAACAUCAAUCAAUGUAUAUUUCAUCUUUUACUGGCUGAAAUUUUCAUAAGAAAUCAUACAGUUAAAUAAACAUUCAGUGUGAGUCACAUAUAA